GCAUCUAACAGGUUGGUCUAGAUCAGGGCCCCACCCUCGCCGGGGAUGGUAAUGAGCAGUGUGAGACAGGUGUUUGUAAGUCAUUAUCCAGACCAAGCGCAGGGGAGACGGGGAAUCAUCGCCGUCCCCGGUGCCACCUCUCUCCGGUCAUCCCCGUCUCCCCCUUCCCCGACCCCUCCCCUCCCGCCCCGCCAUCCCCGAGCCAUGGCCGGCCUCCCACAGUCCUUCAGCAGCCUCAGCGGCUGCGGGCCAUCCGGCCUGGGGUGGAGGAUGAGCGGGGAGGCUGGCUUCAGCUCCUGCAGCUUCACCGGAGGAGACGCUCCCCAUUCCUUCUGCAAAGUGACCGUCGACCCCUGCCUGCUGCUGCCCCUGGACAUUAAGGUGGACCCGGCCAUCCAGCAGCAGAAGGCCCGGGAGAGGGAGGAGAUGAAAACCCUCAACGAUAAGUUUGUCUCUCUGAUUGGGAAGGUGCAGUACCUGGAGCAGCGGAACCAGCUCCUGGAAACACGCUGGGCCUUCCUCAAGGAACAGGAGUCAGGCCCGAUCAACUGCUCCAACAUCUACGAGGCCUACACCACCCGGCUGCAGACGGAGCUGGCCGAUGUCAGCCAGGAGAGGGGCCGACUGGAGGCCGAGCUGCAGCAGGUGCUGGGGAGCGUGGACGAAUACCGCAUCAGGUACGAAGAAGAGAUCGCGAAGAGGACGGACAUGGAGUUUACCUUCGUUCAGCUGAAAAAGGACCUGGAUGCUGAAUGUCUACGGAGAACUGAGCUGGAGACCAAGCUGCAGGGCCUUCAGAGCUUCGUGGAGCUGAUGAAAAACGUGUAUCAGCAGGAGCUCCAGAACCUGAUGGCGGAAGUCAAGGACGUCUCGGUGACAGUAGGGAUGGACAGCCGGUGCCAUGUCAACCUGAACGGUAUCGUGGAAGAGGUGAAGGCCCAGUACGAUGCCAUCGCAGCCAAGAGCCUGGAGGAGGCUGAGGCCUAUUCCAGGAACAGGCUGGAGGAGCGCCAGGCUCGGUCGGCCGAAUGCGGGAACAGCCUCCAGGCCAGCCGGAGUGAGAUCUCCGACUUGAACAUUCAGAUCCAGAAACUGCGCUCCCAGAAACUCUCGCUCAAGAGUCACUGCUUGCACCUGGAGGAGAGCAUCAAGGAGGCCGAGGAGCAGGGCAACGUGGCCUUUCAGGACGCCAAGGCCAAACUGCUGCAACUGGAGGCCGCCCUGCACAAGGCCAAGCAGGACAUGGCGCUCCAGCUGCGGGACUAUCAGGAGCUGAUGAACGUCAAACUUGCCCUGGACAUCGAGAUCGCCACCUACCGCAAGCUGGUCGAGGGCGAGGAGAGCAGAAUGGACUGUCCCUCCUCAGCCGUGGUCAGCACCGUCCAGUCCAGGAACAGGCCCGCCAAAGCCACCCCCUUAGGCCCCUCCCAGUCUCUGUCCUGCAAGAAGAAGUGUGAGAAGAAGGGACCGGUCAUCAAGAUCACCGAGCUGACCGAGAAGCUGCUCUCCCAGGAGUCCGAGGCCACUCAGUAAGGCGGCCCGGGACCCGGGCCUGUGCCCGGCCCCGCCUGAGCAGCGGGAAGGAUCCGGGAUAGACUCAGAAGCCGAGGCCCACGGCGGCCCCUCUCUAUCUCUUUGGUUUCCCCCAAGGGCCCGCAGGCUGGAUCUUCGACGCCUCUGGGGAUGAGGGGAGAGGCCGUGGACGGGGACCCUGGCUGACGGAUAGGGUGCGGGCUCCCCGGCGCCCCUCAACCCACACACAGGGAUAGAGUUCACUGUUAAUUGCCCGUCCCCACGGUGUGUCUACAAUGUGAGACCAGUUGGGGUGAGGCCCACCCCCUCAGGCCCGCAGAUCAGCCACCGGAACCUCACUCGUGGUGACUCCUAGUGGAAAUGUGAUUUUCUCCCAGCAGGACUGAGAGAGAGACCCAGGGCAAGAGCGGGUGAGGCUCUGGCCAGAGGUCGACCCGGGCUACGGCAGGGUGGGAGCGAAAGGCUCGAGGCCAGAGAAAGCCGGAGUCCCGUCCUGCCACUGACCCACGGUGGAGGCCGCAUGUGUGUGGGGUCAAACCUUCCAUAUUUGGGGACCAACCUGAACCCCCUCCUCUCCGCCGGGCCCCGUGUACCAGACAGUAUUAAACACCUUCUGGCCAGGGACGGAAGGAGAGCUGGGCCUGCUUCUUGGGGGUCCAGAGAGGGCAAGGGACCUGUCCAAGUCACACAUCCAGCAGAAGGCAAGAAUUUCCCACUCUGCUCCCCCUGCCCCCAAACUGCCUCCUACCCCUGCAGUUACCUAUGAGGCACCUUUGUGGGGACUGUGGAAUUGGUCUGUUUGCUCUCCCCACAACCCCAGCUCCAUUUUCUUGCCAUCAUCAGUGCACGCACACACAAACACACACACCACACCCCCACCACUAGCCCCCCCCAAUUCUCCCCCAUCUCCAUACCCUUCCCCUUCCCCACACUCACCGCCACGACUCCAACCCCUCCCCCCUCCCCCCAAGAGUAUUUGCACAGAACCGGGCUGUCGACAGAGGCUACGGCAGGGUUGGGAUUCCCAUUUCCCGGGAAUUCUAAUUUUCCAAGAAUUCCAAUUUUCAGGAUUCCUGUUUCCCACAACUUCUGCUUUGGUUUCCUUUCAAGACAAAUAUCCUCGGGCCCUCCCCCUCC